UAUACACUUGGCCUAAUACAAGCCCUAACCUAAAGAGGCAUGUUUAGGUUAGGGCUUAGUGUGGCAGUCACAAAUUGCUAUUCGUAAAUGGAACAACUAAGUAGAACAAACCAUCCACAAAAAUGGCACCUAAGAAGAAAUGGUCUAAAGGAAAAGUGAAAGACAAGGCUCAACACGCCACUGUCUUCGACAAGAAUCUUAUUGACCGUAUCAACAAGGAGGUUCCCGCCUUCAAGUUUAUCUCCGUCUCCGUCCUUGUCGACCGUAUGAAGAUGAACGGUGCUCUUGCUCGUAUCGCCAUCAGAGACUUGGCUGACCGUGGUGUUAUCCAAAAGGUGGACCACUCUUCUAAGCAGUUCAUCUACACCCGUGUUCCUGCUGCUUCUGCUUAAGAUGUAGAAGUGUUGAUACGAAUAAAUUUUUUUCGAUUAUUGAAUACAAGAAAGAGUGUAGUUUUGUGAAGUACCUCAUGAUAAGUAGUAGAUGUAGAUUGGUUUUCUAUUGUAUACAGUGGAUGAAAGCUUUGGUUUUGAAGGACUCCAAAUAAAGUAUGUGGUAAUGUUAGAGAUCGUCGACAA